AUGCCUGAGUUUAGUGUAUAUAACUUCCUAAAGUCUCAUGACAGUAUUGUUAAGGAUACUGAGGAUGUUAAUAACUAUCCGGUUAACCGUUCUAUUAAAGAGAGACAAGAACAAGAGGAGGAAGAAGAGGUGCAGAAGGAGGAGGAGGAGGAGGGAAUAGAUGACUAUGAAUUCCCCGAUAGAGUUAUUAUCAUACCAAGCGGUGAAUAUCGUGAAAUAUCUGAAAGCACAGAACCACCGUAUGGUGAUUAUGAUACAUUUUAUAAUGCACUUAAUGAUAACAUAUUACUCUGCCGACCAUUACUACAACCACUGACACCAAUCCCAGAGACAUCAGAAUAUUCGACAAGAUCAUCAAUAGCCAGUGUAAAUCCAUUUAAAAGUUGGCAAAGUAGUGAUUUAAGUCCAUCAGAAUCAUUUGAAAAUCGUUCUGGACUAUCACGUCGAUUAUUAUAUCCAUACAUUCAACCAAAUCGUUCAUCACAUGAAUCCUUUGGUGGUCCUGAAAAGUCAAUAAAAAAUCCAGUUAUGUCUGUACGCAAUAUACCUUCUAAUCAUACAGAAUCUGAUCGUGCUCGACGUUCCUAUGAAAGUCAUUCAUCUGAUGGUCACGACGGUAAUGCAGACUUGACAGGCUCUCUACGCACACAUAGCAGUCGUUCAUCUUUAGCGGAGUUUUUACGUUUAGAAACAUCAUGUGAUAGUAGUCGCGGUGAUCUGUGCUAUGAAGAAGAACGACAACUCGUACUUAGUCAGCAUGAUUUAGCUUUACAAGAACUUAUUCAAAGUAUCCAAGAUCUGCAAAGAAAACAUUUAGAUGAAACCACUAGUGGUGAUGAUGGUGUCAGUGGUCGUCAUGGUGGUUUGGCUACAUUAGCUAGUGCAGAUGGUAGUUCUAGUAGUCACAUAGCCAUGGGAUCUAGUGAUGCCGACUUUCAAGGUGUUGAAACAACUAGAAAUCUAGGUGAAAAGGAUUUAUCACUGUCAUCAUCGGUUCCAUUAGUAUCAGCAUUACCGCAUUCCAGAAAUACCACAGUUAAUGGUGAAAACGAUAGGGUUUGUAUGAGUAAUACUAGUUUAGACUCUCGUUUACCACCUUCAUUAGGUAGUAGUAGGUCGUCUGCUCAUUCGACAAGUGUCUCGGAUAAUUCUGCCUCUGUCCAUUCUGCAAAUCAUGCUAACCAACGUCAUCUGCCAUCAAGCUAA